CGCUCAACCGUUUGCCAGCGGCCGGCGCGGUCAGUUCUUCUCUCCCCCUUCCUUUGAUUCCGCCGUGAGCCAGAUCUGCCCCUUCUCCGGCAACCGCCUCGGCGAGCUCCAGCUGGAGUGCCCUCGUGAGUCGUGAGGAUAUUUCACUUUGAUACUAAAAAUAGGAGUAUAUUUCCACCCGACUCUAUCUUUCUCUCCAAUCCAAACAGUUUCAUUCGUCGCGGAGUAUGUUUUCCAAAAAAUUACGUGGUUAAACCGAAGCUCACGCGCCACGUUGGUUCCGCCCCUCUCUGAUGAUGACGAUGAGAGUAAGGGGGCUGCUGGGUCUGGCCUCUCGGGUCCCAGGGACGAAAGCUUUCAGCACCGAGAUAUUUGUGAGCAGGUUAUCGUUCUACACAACAGAGGAAGAAUUUAAAAACACAUUUUCACCAUUUGGAGCUGUAGAAGAAGUCCGUUUGGUGAGAGACAACCAAACUGGAAGGCCAAAGGGAUUUGGUUUUGUAAAAUAUUCAUCCCAAAUGGCGGCAGAGAAAGCUGUCAAGGCAAUGGAUGGAAGGAUAAUUCGAGGAAGACUAAUCUUUGUGGAGGCUGCAAAGGAACGUGAUGAUACUGGAUAGUGCAGAUUGCUUCAGGUUUCUACUAGCUAGAGCAUGUUCCUGUACAUGAACAAGUGCUUUUGUUACUGACAGAAAAAAGCUGCAGUUGGAGUUUGAUUAUUUUGUUCUGUGCCUGAAUUUUUGGACGUUUGAUUGGCGCACAUUAGUUUUCAUUGUGUGAAAUGCUUCAUAAUCCAGAUUCUUGCUUGUGAUCA